AGGAGGAGAGGAGGAAAGAAGGUAGAGGGAGGGAGGUUGGGAAGAAGAGUAGGGUUGUUGCAAAAUAAGAUGGAUGUACGGGGUGGAAAGAAAGCGACCCCGAUUAUGCUUUUUAUAUUUUUAAGCAGAUUGUGAUAAAUGCUAGAAGACAACAGGUAAAUUAAUAGUAGCUAUGAGAAUGUAUAUUUGUGAAUUUAUAUGGAAAGAAAAAAUAAAACUUUUUAUAGAACAAAGUUGUGACACUGAGAAGUGCCUUAUGAUGGAUUUUUUCACCCUUAACUAUUCUAGCAUCCCCCAGGUCAUGUGAUCAAAAUUCAGCCACUUGGCAAUUGACUCAUAUUUAUGACGGUUGCAAUUUCCUAGGCGGGUCAUGUCAAUCACCUUUAGUGACACAUUCAACACACUUAAGAACUCUGUUACUAGCUGCAGUCACUUAACAAAUGUGGCAAGUUGUAAAACGGGGCCCAAUUCAAGUCCUGCCUAGCAACACAAAUUUUGGGCUCAGCUGUAGUUGUAAGUCAAGGACUACCUGUAACAUCCUCAACCCAAUUGGGGCUGUGUUCCCCGAGUCAGGAUUACAAUACCCAUCAGCCCAAACUAGGUGGCCACAAUAUAAUGCAAUACAGUGGUUUUGUCUGUGUGUGUACAACCCAAAUUGCAGGAACCCACGCAACCUCUUUAAUGUAAAUUGGAGGGCACCCAGUUGAAGAACCUCAUUUUAGAUUAUCUUAUUAGUAACCCAAGGCGGCCAUCAUGUCUAAUGCCCCCUUGCUCAUUUUCCCCACAACAACCCUUCAAAGUGGGCUGGUUUUCCUGCCUCAAGCAGAACUGGCAGCCUCCUGCUUCCUAAGCCAGCACCUAAAAUGAUCCAUCCAGAAAACCCGGGCAAAAAGAGAGAACCCGCGUUGGGGGUAUCCAAGCGCCCAGGCCGGGGAACAAAUCUUCUUCCACGCCCCGGGUUGAGUCGGUGCAAGAGGAGCCAAGGCGCCUUCGGUCCUCCCUCGCCGCUUUAUAGGGGAACUGGCGGCGGAGACUCGCCGCCUUGCGAAGCCGCAGCGGGGAGGAAGGAGGCGAGGCCUCGUCCGCCGCCGCCUUUCUUCCACUCUCGCCCGAGGAGCAGCUCUUUUCGAGACGGCGGCGGCAGCGGUGGUCCAUGGCCGAGAGGAACAGCUCGGGACCCGGCAGCCGGGAAGCCAGCGAUCCGAGGAAGGGCUCGAAGACGGAGCUGAAAGCGGUGGUGGUGGGCGACGGCGGCUGCGGGAAGACUUCGCUCCUUUUGGUGCACGCCAAAGGCGCUUUCCCCGAGCAAUAUGCCCCUUCGGUCUUUGAAAAAUACACAACCAAUGUCAUUGUGGGGAAAAAAGAAGUCGUCUUACAUUUGUAUGAUACUGCAGGACAAGAAGAUUACGAUCGCUUAAGGCCACUCUCGUACCAAAGCACUCAUGUGGUUUUGAUCUGCUACGACGUCAUGAGUCCUUCUAGCUUUGAUAAUGUAUUAAUCAAGUGGAUCCAGGAAGUCAACCACUUCUGCCGCGGAAUCCCCAUCCUCUUGGUGGGUUGUAAAACUGAUCUCCGGAAAGACAAAGAACAUCUCAAAAAACUCCGUUCCGCUCAACAGGAACCGAUCACCUACAAGCAGGGCGAAGAAGCCUGUUGCCAGAUCGGCGCCAGCGUAUACCUCGAGUGUUCAGCCAAGUUUCGGGAAAACGUUGAGUCCAUUUUCAGCGAAGCGGCUAGCAUAGCCCUCAACGCCAUCAAGAAGGCCAAGCGCCAGAACAAAUCAAGGCCUUGCGUCCUCUUAUGACGACGUGAAACCGGACAGAAGAAGACUUUUUCUUCUUCUUUCUUCCAUGAUAUCCAAGGAAGCAUUUGCAAGGUUCUUUCUGGACUUGAAAAAGGGUCUUUUCAUUUGGAUUGUAACGGGAGGAGAAACCUGUUCUGUAUGGAUUUCUGCUUUUGCUUCCAGUGGUGAAAAGUUUCACUAAGAAGCAGCUCUCCCUUUCCCAGGUCUUUUUUUAUUUCCAGGAGAUCAUUUUGCUACUUGCCUUUUUUAAAAAUAAUAAUAAUAAUAUAACAAUUAAAAAACCCCUCUUACAUCCUAGCAGUAUUACCUAGGAAGUGGUAGUUUUCAAUAAACUUUUCAAGGUGUGUUGCAUGGCAUAAAACAUACGAGGAACGGUUGCGGGAACUGGGCAUGUCUAGUUUAA